AUGUCACUGUCAGCACUGUGGCAAAGCAGUUAUGGAUUCAAGGUGGUCUUGGUGAUCGUCGCUGCGCUUGCGGGCACUAACGUGUACCUGCGCUGGACCAAGGGCAUUUACAAUGGCAUGAAUCGGAUGGACGGCAAGACAGUCGUAGUUACAGGAGGCAAUGCAGGGAUCGGCAAAGAGACUGCCAAGGAACUCGCGCGGCGAGGCGCCCGCGUCAUCCUGGCUUGCCGCAGCCCGGCCAAAGGCCAGCGGGCAGCCGAGGACAUCCUGGUGGAGACCGGCUGCUCCGUCGUCGUGCGCGAGCUCGACCUGUGCUCGCUCAAGUCGGUGCGCCAGUUUGCCGAUGACAUCGUUCGCAAUGAGCGGCGGCUCGACGUACUCAUCAACAAUGCCGGUAUUUUCCCAGACAGGAUUCAGCUGACCGACGACGGAUAUGAAGAAUGCUUCCAAGCCAACUACUUGGGCCACUUCCUCCUGACACUACUACUUACAGAUCUGCUCAAGAAAAGCGCCCCGAGCCGCGUGGUGAACCUGACGUCGGGCCUGCACCACCUGGGGCACACGCAGCGGCUCGAGGAACGUGCCAGGGGCACGCACCCCUGGGUGACGCCCACGCUCGCCUACAGCGACUCCAAGAUGGCCAUGGUCUGCUUCACGAGAACCCUGGCGCACAAGCUCAAGAUACACGGCGUGACGGUGAACGUGGUACAUCCGGGCAUUGUGAAGACCACCAUCGCUAACAAGGACUCGUUGAUGUCGCUCUUUCUUCGCUUCCUCUACGAGACCAUUGGAAAAACGCCCCGGGAGGGAGCCCAGACCGUCUUGUACGCGGCUGUGGAUGACCGGUUCUUGGAAAGCACUGGCAAGUACCUAGUCGACUGCAAGGACGACUGGGUCAACUGGAGGGCCCUGGACAAGCGCGAGUCCUGGCGGGCUUUCGAGACGUCCGUCCGGCUCGUCGGCAUGGAACUCGACCAAGUUCAGAAGCUAUUCUGAUACGCCAA